AAAUAACAAAAAUGUUAGAGGGCUAAACAACUUGACGACUAUAAAUUCUAGUUUAAGUCAUUUUGGUGACAGAUCUCUUCUUCAACUACAUUUCAAACACAUAACCUGCCAGCUGCUUCAGUCGGGAAGUCAAUGCGGAAGAUAAUAAACCUGGUACAGUUGUGAGUGAGUGCGCCGGCGCGUGCUCGUGUGCGUGUGCACGGUAAAACCACGCAGACGCUCGAGCCACGCCACCACCAUCAGAGAGGGGUUCCCCUAACCGACAGCACGCAAAAAGUAAAGAGGCUGACGGAGGCAUUUUAAGUGACAAAUCUCGGAAAAGAAACAACAAGGAAGUGCAGAGUGAACACCAGAACUCACGACGGGCUGCGUCUGAACUCUCUGGAAGUGAAAUGAUUUGAUCUGAAAGCUCUCGAGCUUUAAGAGAAGCGGCGUUGCGCAUCUCGUCGUGCGCCCUCACGGCGGAUUCAGGGCUCCAAUGCCCAAAGAGUGCAGAAGGAAGACUUCCAAGGACCUCGGGCUCCCUGGGACUGGUAUAAACAACGAGGGGUCUCGUUUAGAGCGAAGACCAGCCGGGAAGUCAACCAAGAUCUGCGAUGAGCUCAUUCAAAAAGCCGCUCAAGUCGCCCCUUCGUCCGCAAGCGGAGCGCCGACGGUGAUGGACGCGCGCCGGGUACCGCAGGUUACCAUCACCCCGGAGGGAGGCGGCUCCUCCCGGGAGAUGCAGCAAGAGGACUGGGAUGAUGCGGUUGACGGCAGCCUGCGCAGGAAACUGUCCAACUCUUCCAUCUCCUCUACAGGCUCCUCUGUCGUGGAGUCCGAGGAUGACUUACUCAGUGACAACGAGAGCAAAAGUAAAGGCAUCAUCACUCUAGAGCAUCUGGUGGACACUGGAGAGAGCAAGCCAUGGUGGAAGUUAAAGACCAUCGUCCACUGGCCCUUCAGUGCUACGCAGAGGAGAAAACUAAACUGGGUGCAGCUUGCUGGGCAUAAAGGUAACUUCAAAGCAGCAGAUGAGGGCACUAUUCUGAAGAAGUUCUCAGAAAACGAGAUGCAGUGUUUUGAGAAGCUAAAGGGUGACGCGCUGCUCUCAUUUGUACCCGGUUACCAUGGCGUUGUGGAGAAAGACGGAGAGUCUUUCCUUCAUAUGACUGACCUGCUAGCGAAUUUUGACCUUCCCAAUGUCAUGGACUGCAAGAUGGGAAUUAGAACCUACUUGGAGGAGGAGCUGGUGCGAGCGCGGGAACGGCCCAAGCCGAGGGAGGACCUGUAUAAGAAGAUGGUGGAGGUAGACAGCGAAGGGCCAACCCCCCAGGAGCAUACCCAACGUGGUGUCACUAAACCUCGCUACAUGCAGUGGAGGGAGACGAUGAGCUCCACCAACACCCUGGGCUUCAGGAUAGAAGGGAUCAAGAAAUGUGAUGGCACAUGUCGAACUGACUUCAAGAAAACCAGAUCAAAGCAGGAUGUCAUCCUGGUGUUCAAAGACUUUGUUGGAGGGAACAUCGACAUCAUAAAGUCCUACUUGAGCAGACUGACGGAGAUCCAGCAGGCCUUGAAAAUGUCAGAGUUCUUCAAGCAACACGAGGUCAUUGGCAGCUCUCUCCUCUUCAUCCAUGACCACACUGGCAACGCACAGGUCUGGAUUAUUGACUUUGGCAAGACCACGGCGUUACCAGAAGGCCAGACAUUAAACCAUGACAUUCCCUGGCAAGAGGGCAACCGGGAAGAUGGUUACCUGUGGGGGUUGGAAAACCUCAUCCACACACUGGAGUCUGUAAGCUGUGAAGGGGGCAGCGAGGAAACCUUUUGCUCAGUUACCAAAGAAAAUAGCCAAAGUACAGAAACAGAUGGUCAGUGACCUUUGACUUAUAGAUGCGUGAAAGGAACUCAGACUGUUUUAAUGGACACCACAGAGAGGUGUCACAUAUGCUUUGGGUGCUCUGUGAGCAAUGUUAAAAAGAGGUUUUGUGUAGUCCAGGAAGAGCUCAAUAAAGCUCAUUAACAAAGUGCAGAUAUGACCAGAACCCACAGUAAUCCCGGGCUCUGGUUUUUACCAAUUUAAGGUACAAGUGACCAUAUUUGAUA